AUGACUUUGGCGGUCACCUCACCGCCCUUUGGAAGGCCCCGCGACCCGCUGCCUGAGCGGCCGGAUUUCUUUUCGGCGGCCGGCGAGCUACGGCACCGACACGAGAAGCUGUGCUCCAUGGAGAGCGUCACGCUCACCGACCUGAGCUUCACGUCGAGUGGCACCUACCGCUGCGAGGUGUCCACCGAGGCGCCCAACUUCGAGACGGUGUUCAAGAACGCCAACAUGACCGUCAUGGGUAAGAGGAUAUUGAGAGCUCUUCCCUUCCAUGUGAUUGUGGUGAUAGACAAUUUAGGCGGUCUCACGCUGUCGUGGUAA